AUGCGUCAGCCAACGGUCGCGGAGCCGCAGCCUACCACCCUGGAACGUAGCCCCAUGAGGGAGGGGGAGGAUAAGCCGAAACCGACCAUAUGGGGUAAUGCCGAGGACGAAGCAGGGCAGAUGGCAGCCUUUUUCCCUUAUAAGCGGACAGAAUUCCUGAACCUAAGAUCAGCCUCGGAGGCGGUGACAAACGCGGCACAGGUGAUUGCCCAUAGACCGGACGGCCGCACUGGUUGUAGCACCCCGGCGUCGGGCACUGUACAAGGUAUCACGGGAGCCGGGCUAGCCUGCGGAAACGAAGACUUGGGUGUCGGCACGGCCGGGCCCGCUGGCGGAAAGGACGACUUCGGCUUGGCGACCGCCGGCUCGGGCCCCUCCUCCAACCCGGAGGCUCACAUGUGCCGUUCCAUUGCGAAGUUCGCGCCCUCCACCCUCGAGCGCUAUUUCGAACAGUGGUCUUCUUGGUCCCGUCAUUGUGAGCAUGCGGGUUUUCACUCGGCGUCCCCGCCACCCGGCUUUCUUCCCGACUGGAUCGCUUCUCGUGCCAGUGCGCAGGGCUUGGCCACCGCCCCUUUGAAAGCUCUGGCUUGGAUGUGCAAAACGGCUGGCCUCCCCUCCUUGCGUGACUCGCUGUCUUCUCCGUUGUGCCGGGCCUUCGCGGUUGCUUCCGCCCCGGCCGAGCACCGUGAGAGCCUCCCGCUCAGCCUGUCCUUUGUCGUGUGGUUGGAGCAGUCCGUGUUGGACCCACACACGUCGCCUGCACAGGUUCUCCGUCUGGGCUUUGUCCUUGUCUGUGUUUGGGCUUCCUUGCGCUGGGGGGACUCUAUCUGGGUCCCUCCCGCCCGACUCCAAUAUCAGCUCUCUGCGCAGGCCUUGGUUGGCGUUUCUGUCCGCACUAAAACCACUAAACGUGGUAUGCCGUGGGGGCUCUUGGUGCACGGUUUCCUGGGCUCUUCUUCUUCGUGGGCGCUCCGCUUCCUUUCUUGCCUGCGCCAGGCCGUCUCUGACACACUGGCGUUGCAGCCUUCUCGCACUUUGGAUUUUUUGCCGGCCGUCCUCUCUGGUACCGAGAGCCGCCCGCUCAUUUCUCAGCCCUGGGACCGUGACAGCUUUGUUCCCUGGCUUCGCGAUUUGCUCAGCCAGCACUGGUCUCUGCACUCCCGUGAACCUCUCCCCUCCGUGUUUUCCUUGGUUGCGAGCACAGUCUCUUAA